AUGGCCCAGGUGGACAGCAGCGUGGGCGGGAAGACGGGCGUGAACCACCCUCUGGGCAAGAACAUGAUCGGGGCGUUCUACCAGCCGCGCUGCGUGCUGGUCGACACUGACACCCUCGACACGCUGCCGGCCAGGGAGCUCGCGUCCGGCAUCAGUGAGAUCGUGAAGUACGGCCUCAUCCGCGACGCGGCCCUCUUCGACUGGCUCGAGGCCAACAUGCCGCGCCUCCUCGCCCGCGACCCCGAGGCCAUCGCCUACGCUGUUGAGCGGUCGUGCAUCAACAAGGCCGAGGUCGUCGCGGCCGAUGAGCGGGAGGGCGGCGUGCGCGCGACGCUCAACCUCGGGCACACGUUUGGGCACGCCAUCGAGACGGGGACGGGGUAUGGCACGCUGCUGCAUGGGGAGGCGGUGUCGAUCGGGAUGGUGAUGGCGGCGGACAUGUCGGUGCGGCUGGGCUGGAUCGACCGCUCCAUCCUGGACCGCACCCGCGCGCUGCUGCUGGCCGCCAACCUGCCCGUCGUCCCGCCCCCCAGCAUGACGGCGCAGCAGUUCAGGGACCUGAUGGCGGUGGACAAGAAGGUGCUCGCCGGGAAGCUGCGGCUGGUGCUGCUCAAGGGGCCGCUGGGCGGCUGCGUGGUCACGGGCGACUUUGACCCGGCCAAGCUGGAGGAGACGCUCAGCACCUUCUGCGCCCACUGA